CUUUCACGUCUUCAAAACGGAAACACCCCCAACGGUUGCCAUUUUACUUUGGCCAACGCUUGACUGGAAUUGUAGCUGUCAAAGCAAUAUUCCAAGGAGUGCACUUCCCGUUAAUUGCUGUAUGAAGAAAGUGUGGCUCUGCUCGCAUUUGAUUGAAGUUAUCGGCGCUGCUGAGUGGUGCAAGGGAGCAGCGGUUCGCACAACAAAAAGGGCUGAUCUCGGACGCGAGUUUCACCAAUGCUACAGAUUACAGAACAGAUGGUAUAUGCCAUGAAUUGUAAGGAAGCCACAGAGAAGGUUGUCCAGUCAUGGUCACGUUUCAACUCAGCUGGCCAAACUACUCUACUGGAGACUCUGAAAGCGUUCAGUCCUAUGUCAAAAGACCUUUUUGAUACUGAGAAAGAACUGGCCACUUUUAUUGAGGGACUCAAAGAUGAAGGUCACAAACCUACUGUACUUAAAAGCAAAGAUGUUUAUGGUUACAGGUCUUGUACUGCAGUACUGAGGCCUGUAAUAAAGACACAAAGCACACUGGACAUUGCUGUCUCAAAGGUUCAAAAGACUGGCAAAAAGAAGGGUAGAAAACCCCAUGGCAAGAAGACUGAAAUCAACUAUUCUUUGUUAAGUGCAGCAGCAAAAGUCGUCCUGAAGAAUCAACCCACAAUUAUUUUGACAAAUCUGUCAAAGGAGUCUCUCAAACAGACGGUCCUCUCGAAACCACCAGCCUUGGCUGUUGUGCCUGUUCAGAUGCAGUCAUACAUAAGACUGACCAACAUCACUGGACCCUCUACAGGCCACACAGCGAGACUGCAGUUCCACACAGGUGUAUGGUCAGGAGAGGUGACUGUGCCCAACACUCAUCGACCACUAUCUCUAACAGGUACCCAAGUACAGCCUUCGGAAGGUACCGGAAACUCAGCAAAAUCUGUCACUUUGAGGAGAGUGAACUUUUUGCCCUGCCCAGUCAAUAUCAUCGGAGUGCCUGCCAUACUGCAAAACGACCGGGUUUUGAAGGAAUGCAACGGAAUGCCUUGCUGGAGAGACCAGAAAAGGAAAAGGACUGACGAGGCUGAAGACAAACUCUGUGUGAAGAGGCCCAGAAAUGAGGUCUGGCUGGUCAAAGAGCAGUCCGAAGACCUUAGACUGAGUGAGAACAACCUGAGGUUCAAGGUGAUCAAGGUUGAUGACUCGAUCACCGAUGAGGAGAAAUCUAACCAGAUUGGGUCUGCUGGAUGUUUGUGAUUUCUGCCUAAGGAUUAGCCCUCUAACUCCUUGACCGUGUAACUGCAAUGAGAUCGCCAAGAUGAUAGGGGAGUAUAAGCCAAUUUGCAAAAAUGGUUUCAACUGUGUGUUGUUCUCUUUAACAUUUGUCUUAGACAUUUGUAUUAAGAAUAUUGUUAGAAGUAAUAAUUUGUCAUACAGUAAAUAGUUUGUCUGGAUUUCCUGAAUCAGAAAUGCCCUAACUAAACUGUUCUGGUCUGUCCUCUCUCAAGGUUAUGGCGAAGGUGACCACAGAUGGUAUCUCGAUGCACGGAAGGAAUAAUUCAACCAAGAACAGUGAGCCUCACCACCUCUAACCAUCUGAAGUAAUAGCAACAAUGGCGUUCACUGUGGUCCUUCACCUCUUCUUCCUGAGUCCAAGCCAGCAAUCUGUAACACAGCAUCCAGUUGAAGCUAUCAACUGAGCUUUCUCUCAUGCCUUUUCUUUACUUUACUAGCUGACAACUUUAUGUUUGUUUUUUUUCUUUUUAAUUACCGUUUAUAUUUUUAGUUUUUCCAUCGCAACUUUUUUCCCUCAUUCAACUUUUUCACUCCGGACGCUUUCUGGACAUGGUUCAUCAGCACUUUCAACAGCCGAAGCUAAGUAGGAACAUUAACAUGAUGUCUUCUAAUUGCAGUCGCUGUACUCAUAAUAUACAGGAGAACGAUCGCCUUAUGGCGAGGAUAGCUGUGCUGCAAGCCCAGCUUCAGACGCAAUCGUUAGGCAAGGGUAAUUUCAGUGUAGGAAAGGAUGAAACAGCGUCUGUGCCACCAGUAAGUACAGAUAGUAACGUUAGUAUAAAUCCCCCCGCACAGUCCCCGCAGCCGGACAACUUUCUCAUGGCUUCUGGAGGGAAAUGCUGUAGGAAUGCUCAACUGGUGUCGCUCAUUCAGCCGACAAACUUUCAACCGGUUUUCCCCAUUAAGUAGCGAGUCGGAGUCUGAGGCCGAGUCUUCUCUUGUCUCUACUCCUCCCGUUACGGGGUCUGAGACGCCGAAGGCUCCCACCAUUAGCUCUGACAAAUUGAAAACCCUAGUCAUUGGCGACUCCAUUACCCGCAGUAUUAGACUUAAAACGAAUCACCCAGCGAUCAUACACUGUUUACCAGGGGGCAGGGCUACCGACGUUAAGGCUAAUCUGAAGAUGGUGCUGGCUAAAGCUAAAACUGGCGAGUGUAGAGAGUAUAGAGAUAUCGUUAUCCACGUCGGCACCAACGAUGUUAGGAUGAAACAGUCAGAGGUCACCAAGCGCAACAUAGCUUCAGCGUGUAAAUCAGCUAGAAAGAUGUCGGCAUCGAGUAAUUGUCUCUGGCCCCCUCCCAGUUAGGGGGAGUGACGAGCUCUACAGCAGUCUCACAACUCAAUCGCUGGUUGAAAACUGUUUUCUGCCCCUCCCAAAAGAUAGAAUUUGUAGAUAAUUGGCCCUCUUUCUGGGACUCACCCACAAACAGGACCAAGCCUGACCUGCUGAGGAGUGACGGACUCCAUCCUAGCUGGAGGGGUGCUCUCAUCUUAUCUACCAACAUAGACAGGGCUCUAACUCCUCUAGCUCCACAAUGAAAUAGGGUGCAGGCCAGGCAGCAGGCUGUUAGCCAACCUGCCAGCUUAGUGGAGUCUGCCACUAGCAUAGUCAGUGUAGUCAGCUCAGCCAUCCCCAUUGAGACUGUGUCUGUGCCUCGACCUAGGUUGGGCAAAACUAAACAUGGCGGUGUUCGCCUUAGCAAUCUCAUUAGGAUAAAGACCUCCUCCAUUCCUGCCAUUAUUGAAAGAGAUCGUGAUACCUCACAUCUCAAAAUAGGGUUACUUAAUGUUAGAUCCCUCACUUCAAAGGCAGUUAUAGUCAAUGAACUAAUCACUGAUCAUAAUCUUGAUGUGAUUGGCCUGACUGAAACAUGGCUUUAAGCCUGAUGAAUUUACUGUGUUAAAUGAGGCCUCUCCUCCUGGUUACACUAGUGACCAUAUCCCCCGUGCAUCCCGCAAAGGCGGAGGUGUUGCUAACAUUUAUGAUAGCAAUUUUCAAUUUACAAAAAAAAAAAGACGUUUUCGUCUUUUGAGCUUCUAGUCAUGAAAUCUGUGCAGCCUACUCAAUCACUUUUUAUAGCUACUGUUUACAGGCCUCCUGGGCCAUAUACAGCGUUCCUAUCUGAGUUCCCUGAAUUCCUAUCGGACCUUGUAGUCAUAGCAGAUCAUAUUCUAAUUUUUGGUGAUUUUAAUAUUCAUAUGGAGAAGUCCACAGACCCACUCCAAAAGGCUUUCGGAGCCAUCAUCGACUCAGUGGGUUUUGUCCAACAUGUCUCUGGACCUACUCACUGCCACAGUCAUACUCUGGACCUAGUUUUGUCCCAUGGAAUAAAUGUUGUAGAUCUUAAUGUUUUUCCUCAUAAUCCUGGACUAUCGGACCACCAUUUUAUUACGUUUGCAAUCGCAACAAAUAAUCUGCUCAGACCCCAACCAAGGAGCAUCAAAAGUCGUGCUAUAAAUUCUCAGACAACACAAAAAUUCCUUGAUGCCCUUCCAGACUCCUUCUGCCUACCCAAGGACGUCAGAGGACAAAAAUUAGUUAACCACCUAACUGAGGAACUCAAUUUAAACUUGCGCAAUACCCUAGAUGCAGUUGCCCCCCUAAAAACGAAAAACAUUUGUCAUAAGAAACUAGCUCCCUGGUAUACAGAAAAUACCCGAGCUCUGAAGCAAGCUUCCAGAAAAUGGCGCCACACCAAACUGGAAGUCUUCCAACUAGCUUAGAAAGACAGUACCGUGCAGUAUCGAAGAGCCCUCACUGCUGCUCGAUCAUCCUACUUUUCCAACUUAACCUGUUUGGGCUGCAGGGGCAGUAUUGAGUGAGUAGCCGGAUAAAAGGUGCCCAUUUCAAACGGCCUCGUACUCAAUUCUUGCUCGUACAAUAUGCAUAUUAUUAUUACUAUUGGAUAGAAAACACUCUAGUUUCUAAAACAGUUUGAAUUAUAUCUGUGUAAAACAGAACUCAUUUGGCACAAACUUCCUGACCAGGAAGUGGAAAGUCUGAAAUCGAGGCUCUGUUCUAGUUCCUGCCUAUAAAUGGGCAUGAUACGUAUUAGUAUACAUGCACUUCAUACACCUUCCCCUGGAUGUCAAGAGGCGGUGAGAGAAGAAAUUGAGUGUUUAUCUUGGUCUGAAGUGGAAUACAAGCUCUUUGUAUGACGUGUCACCCAUUUCCUGUUUUCGGGAAGGCGUGAGAAGGAACCUGGAUUUGCCUUCUGAUAAGCUGCCGUUAUGGACGACUAAUAUCUCCGGCUUUGAUUUUAUUUGAUACAUGUGACCAUAUCAUCGUAAAGUAUGUUUUUUCAAUAAUCUGAUUAAACUAUUUCCGGGAGUUUUGCCGUGUUCCGUUCUCUUCCGUUUGUUGACAUGGAGAGAUUCGCGCCACUUGGCAAGUGUGCUUGCUAAAUCGAGAGGGAAAAAGGCCGUUCUAAAUCCAAACAACGAUUGUUCCCGUCAAAGGACCCCUUGUACAACAUUCUGAUGAAAGAUCAGCAAAAGUAGGACCCAUUUUAUGAUGCUAUUUCAUAUAUCUGUCGAACAUGUUGUGCUAGUCGUUUGCGCCCAGCUUUUGGGUACUCUCUCGCUAUACAUUUACAUUUACAUUUAAGUCAUUUAGCAGACGCUCUUAUCCAGAGCGACUUACAAAUUGGUGCAUUCACCUUAUGACAUCCAGUGGAACAGCCACUUUACAAUAGUGCAUCUAGAUCUUUUAAGGGGGGGGGGGCAGAAGGAUUGCUUUAUCCUAGGUAUUCCUUGAAGAGGUGGGGUUUCAGGUGUCUCCGGAAGGUGGUGAUUGACUCCGCUGUCCUGGCGUCGUGAGGGAGUUUGUUCCACCAUUGGGGUGCCAGAGCAGCGAACAGUUUUGACUGGGCUGAGCGGGAACUGUACUUCCUCAGUGGUAGGGAGGCGAGCAGGCCAGAGGUGGAUGAACGCAGUGCCCUUGUUUGGGUGUAGGGCCUGAUCAGAGCCUGAAGGUACUGAGGUGCCGUUCCCCUCACAGCUCCGUAGGCAAGCACCAUGGUCUUGUAGCGGAUGCGAGCUUCAACUGGAAGCCAGUGGAGAGAGCGGAGGAGCGGGGUGACGUGAGAGAACUUGGGAAGGUUGAACACCAGACGGGCUGCGGCGUUCUGGAUGAGUUGUAGGGGUUUAAUGGCACAGGCAGGGAGCCCAGCCAACAGCGAGUUGCAGUAAUCCAGACGGGAGAUGACAAGUGCCUGGAUUAGGACCUGCGCCGCUUCCUGUGUGAGGCAGGGUCGUACUCUGCGGAUGUUGUAGAGCAUGAACCUACAGGAACGGGCCACCGCCUUGAUGUUGGUGGAGAACGACAGGGUGUUGUCCAGGAUCACGCCAAGGUUCUUAGCGCUCUGGGAGGAGGACACAAUGGAGUUGUCAACCGUGAUGGCGAGAUCAUGGAACGGACAGUCCUUCCCCGGGAGGAAGAGCAGCUCCGUCUUGCCGAGGUUCAGCUUGAGGUGGUGAUCCGUCAUCCACACUGAUAUGUCUGCCAGACAUGCAGAGAUGCGAUUCGCCACCUGGUCAUCAGAAGGGGGAAAGGAGAAGAUUAAUUGUGUGUCGUCUGCAUAGCAAUGAUAGGAGAGACCAUGUGAGGUUAUGACAGAGCCAGGUGACUUGGUGUAUAGCGAGAAUAGGAGAGGGCCUAGAACAGAGCCCUGGGGGACACCAGUGGUGAGAGCGCGUGGUGAGGAGACAGAUUCUCGCCACGCCACCUGGUAGGAGCGACCUGUCAGGUAGGACGCAAUCCAAGCGUGGGCCGCGCCGGAGAUGCCCAACUCGGAGAGGGUGGAGAGGAGGAUCUGAUACCUAAUACCUAAGCUGGAUGUCGUAAUGAAGUUAUUUUUAGAAUUCUAACACAGCGAUUGCAUUAAGAACUAGUGUAUCUAUCAUUUUCUAUACAACAUGUAUUUUUUAGUUAUGUUUAUGAAUAGCUAUUUGAUCAGAAUAUGUGUCAAAAAUAUCCGGACGUUGUGGGAAAAAGAUGCUACGUUAGCACAAUGUAUAACCACUGAUUUCAACUCUAAAUAUGCAAAUUUUCGAACAAAACAUAAGUGUAUGUAUAACCUGAUGUUAUAGGACUGUCAUCUGAUGAAGCUUAUCAAGGUUAGUCAAAAAUUAUAUAUCUUUUGCUGGUUUGUUACGAUCGCUAACUUUUGCUGCUUGGAAAUGGCUUGUGUUUCUGGCUAUUGUGGUAAGCUAAUAUAACGCUAUAUUGUGUUUUCGCUGUAAAACACUUAAUAAAUCGGAAAUAUUGGCUGGAAUCACAAGAUGCCUGUCUUUCAUUUGCUGUACACUAUAUUUUUCAGAAAUGUUUUAUGAUGAGUAUUUAGUUAUUUGACGUUGGUGUCUAAUUAUUCUGGAUGCUUUCGGUGCAAUUUCUGAUUGUAGCUGCAAUGUAAACUAUAAUUUAUACCUGAAAUAUGCACAUUUUUCGAUCAAAACAGAUUUAUUGAAUAACAUGUUAGAAGACUGUCAUCUGAUGAAGUUGUUUGUUGGUUAGUUUGGUUGGUUCUUGGUUAGUUAGGUUGGCUUUGUGCAUGCUACCUGUGCUGUGAAAAAUGUCUGUCCUUUUUUGUAUUUGGUGGUGAGCUAACAUAAAUGUGCUGUUUUCGCUGUAAAACAUUUUAAAAAUCAGACAUGUUGGCUGGAUUCACAAGAUCUGUGUCUUUCAUUAGCUGUAUUGGACUUUAAUGUGUGAAAGUUGAAUAUUUCAAAAAAAUAUAUUUUGAAUUUUGCGCCCUGCACGAAGUGGCUGUUGUCAUAUUGUGGCCGGCCUCGGGCUUGCAGCCAGAAGAAGUUAAUUGAGGAAAAUAAGAACAAUCCAAAAUUUAUUUUUGAUACUGUUGCAAAGCUAACUAAAAAGCAGCAUUCCCCAAGAGAGGAUGGCUUUCACUUCAGCAGUAAUAAAUUCAUGAACUUCUUUGAGGAAAAGAUCAUUAGAAAGCAAAUUACGGACUCCUCUUUAAAUCUGCGUAUUCCUGCAGGGCUUAGCUGUCCUGGAUCUGCACAGCUCUGCCAGGGUCUGGGAUCGGGAGAGACACUUAAGUGUUGUAGUACUAUAUCUCUUGACACAAUGAUGAAAAUAAUCAUGGCCUCUAAACCUUCAAGCUGCAUACUGGAUCCUAUUCCAACUAAACUACUGAAAGAGCUGCUUCAUGUGCUUGGCCCUCCUAUGUUGAACAUAAUCAACGGCUCUCUAUCCACCGGAUGUGUACCAAACUCACUAAACGUAGCAGUAAUAAAGCCUCUCUUGAAAAAGCCAAACCUUGACCCGGAAAAUAUAAAAAAAUAAAUUGGCCUAUAUCGAAUCUUCCAUUCCUCUCAAAAAAAUUUGAAAAAGCUGUUGCGCAGCAACUCACUGCCUUCCUGAAGACAAACAAUUUAUACGAAAUGCUUCAGUCUGGUUUUAGACCCCAUCAUAGCACUGAGACUGCAUUUGUGAAGGUGGUAAAUGACCUUUUAAUGGCGUCAGACCGAGGCUCUGCAUCUGUCCUCGUGCUACUGGACCUUAGUGCUGCCUUUGACACCAUCGAUCACCACAUUCUUUUGGAGAGACUGGAAACCCAAAUUGGCUUACACGGACAAGUUCUGGCCUGGUUUAGAUCUUAUCUGUCGGAAAGAUAUCAGUUUGUCUCUGUGAAUGGUUUGUCCUCUAACAAAUCAACUGUACAUUUCGGUGUUCCUCAAGGUUCCGUUUUAGGACCACUAUUGUUUUCACUAUAUAUUUUAGCUCUUGGGGAUGUUAUUCGAAAACAUAAUGUUAACUUUCACUGCUAUGCGGAUGACACACAGCUGACAUUUCAAUGAAACAUGGUGAAGCCCCAAAAUUGCCCUCGCUAGAAGCCUGUGUUUCAGACAUAAGGAAGUGGAUGGCUGAUAACUUUCUACUUUUAAACUCGGACAAAACAGAGAUGCUUGUUAUAGGUCCCACGAAACAAAGAUCUUCUGUUAUAUCUGACAAUUAAUCUUGAUCGUUGUAAAGUCGUCUCAAAUAAAACUGUGAAGGACCUCGGCGUUACUCUUGACCCUGAUCUCUCUUUUGACGAACAUAUCAAGACUGUUUCAAGGACAGCUUUUUUCCAUCUACGUAACAUUGCAAAAAUCAGAAAUGUUCUGUCCAAAAAUGAUGCAGAAAAAUUAAUCCAUGCAUUUGUUACUUCUAGGAUAGACUACUGCAAUGCUUUACUUUCCAGCUACCCGGAUAAAGCACUAAAUAAACUUCAGUUAGUGCUAAAUACGGCUGCUAGAAUCCUGACUAAAACCAAGAAAUUUGAUCAUAUUACUCCAGUGCUAGCUUCCCUACACUGGCUUCCUGUUAAGGCAAGGGCUGAUUUCAAGGUUUUACUGUUAACCUAUAAAGCGUUACAUGGGCUUGCUCCUACCUAUCUUUCCGAGUUGGUCCUGCCGUACAUACCUACACGUACGCUACGGUCACAAGACGCAGGCCUCCUAAUUGUCCCUAGAAUUUCUAAGCAAACAGCUGGAGGCAGGGCUUUCUCCUAUAGAUCUCCAUUUUUAUGGAACGGUCUGCCUACCCAUGUGAGAGACGCAGACUCGGUCUCAACCUUUAAGUCUUUACUGAAGACUUAUCUCUUCAAUAGGUCAUAUGAUUGAGUGUAGUCUGGCUCAGGAGUGUGAAGGUGAACGGAAAGGCUCUGGAGCAACGAACCGCCCUUGCUGUCUCUGCCUGGCCGGUUCCCCUCUCUCCACUGGGAUUCUCUGCCUCUAACCCUAUUACAGGGGCUGAGUCACUGGCUUACUGGUGCUCUUUCAUGCCGUCCCUAGGAGGGGUGCGUCACUCGAGUGGGUUGAGUUACUGACGUGAUCUUCCUGUCUGGGUUGGCGCCCCCCCUUGGUUUGUGCUGUGGUGGAGAUAUUUGUGGGCUAUACUCGGCCUUGUCUCAGGAUUGUAAGUUGGUGGUUGAAGAUAUCCCUCUAGUGGUGCGGGGGCUGUGCUUUGGCAAAGUGGGUGGGGUUAUAUCCUUCCUGUUUGGCCCUGUCCGGGGGUAUCAUCGGAUGGGGCCACAGUGUCUCCUGACCCCUCCUGUCUCAGCCUCCAAUAUUUAUGCUGCAGUAGUUUGUGUCGGGGGGCUAGGGUCAGUUGGUUAUAUCUGGAGUACUUCUCCUGUCUUAUCCAGUGUCCUGUGUGAAUUUAAGUAUGCUCUCUCUAAUUCUCUCCUUCUCUCUUUCUUUCUCUCUCUCGGAGAACCUGAGCCCUAGGACCAUACGUCAGGACUACCCGGCAUGAUGACUCCUUGCUGUCUCCAGUCCACCUGGCCUUGCUGCUGUUCCAGUUUCAACUGUUCUGCCUGCGGUUAUGGAACCCCUUCCUGUCCCAGACCUGCUGCUUUCAACUCUUAAUGAUCGGCUAUGAAAAGCCAACUGACAUUUAUUCCUGAUUAUUAUUUGACCAUGCUUGUCACUUAUGAACAUUUUGAACAUCUUGGCCAUGUUCUGUUAUAAUCUCCACCCGGCACAGCCAGAAGAGGACUGGCCACCCCUCAUAGCCUGGUUCCUCUCUAGGUUUCUUCCUAGGUUUUGGCCUUUCUAGGGAGUUUUUCCUAGCCACCGUGCUUCUACACCUGCAUUGCUUGCUGUUUGGGGUUUUAGGCUGGGUUUUUGUACAGCACUUCGAGAUAUUAGCUGAUAUACGAAGGGCUAUAUAAAAUAAACUUGAUUUGAUUUUCUCUCAGGAGUGAGACAUGAGUCCACGUGGAGUGAGCAUGGAGAGAGAACCGGUCCAAACUUCUCUCAUGCUACUGGUGUACUUGGUAGGAAAAUAGACAAGACAUAAUGGACCGUAAAGGACAGUGGCGGCUCAGGUGGUUGAUUUGUCUGCGUGGGAAAAUCAGAUUAUUAUCAAGGGCCAUCCACUUUGAACAUGUGCCAUUGGGAGGACAAACUGAAAUACUAUCUAAAGAAGAAAAUGAAGAAACGCCAGAAGAAUGAGUGCCGGGGGAGGGGUCAACCGUGCUCAUAAUUGAUUUAGGCUUGUCCAAAAUUGUUCAUUUGGAGUAUCAGGCUAAUUGUGAAGGUCUGCAAACUGCGAAAUGUAUAGUAAUUUAGACAAAAAAUGCAUUGAGAUACCGAUCUGUCAUUAACAUACGACUCGCGUCAAAAGCUCCAGCUGAAAUGUCAUUGCCAAAAUCCAUAAAUGAAAUCGUGUAAUGAAGCAUACAGUGCAUUCGGAAAGUAAUCAGACACCUUCACUUUUCCCCAUUUUGUUACGUUACAGCCUUAUUCUAAAAAAUAAAAAUAAAAAAAUCCUCAAACUUUACACAAUACCACAUAAUGACAAAGCAAAAACAGGUUUAAAGACAUUUUUGCAAAUUUAUAUAAAAAAGAUACCUUAUUUAAAUAACUAUUCAGACCCCUUGAUAUGAGACUCAAAAUAUUGCUCAGGUGCAUUGUUUCCAUUGAUCAUCCUUGAUGUUUCUACAACUUGAUUGGAGUUCAACCUGUGGUAAAUUAAAUUGAUUGGACAUGAUUUGUAAAGACACACACCUGUCUAUAUAAGGUACCACAGUUGACAGUGCAUGUCAGAGCAAAAACCAAGACAUGAGGUCGAAGGAAUUGUCUGAUGAGCUCCAAGACAGGAUUGUGUCGAGGCACAGAUCUGGGGAAGUGUACAAAAAAAAUUCUGCAGAAUUGAAGGUCCCCAAGAACACAGUGGCCUCCAUCAUUCUUAAAUGGAAGAAGUUUUGAACCCACAAGACUCUUCCUAGAGCUGGCUGCUCGGCCAAACUGAGUAAUCGGGGAAGAAGGGCCUCGGUCAGGAAGGUGACCAAUAACCCCAUGGCCACUCUGACAGAGCUCCAGAGUUCAUCUGUGGAGAUGGGAGAACAUUCCAGAAGGACAACCAUCUCUGCAGCACUCCACCAAUCAGGCCUUUGGUAGAGUGGCCAGAUAGAAGACCACUCCUCAGUAAAAGGCACGACAGCCCGCUUGGAGUUUGCCAAAAGGCACCUCAAGACUCAGACUAUGAGAAAUAAGAUUCUCUGGCCUGGUGAAACCAAGAAUGAACUCUGGUCUAAAUGCGAAGCGUCCCGUCUGGAGGAAACCUGGCACCAUCCCUACGGUGAAACAUGGUGGUGGCAGCAUCAUGCUGUUAUAUUUGUCAGAGGCAGGGACUGGGAGACUAGUCAGGAUCAAGGGAAAGAUGAACGGAGCAAAGUACAGAGAGAUCCUUGAUGAAAACCUGCUCCAGAGCACUCAGGACCUCGGAAGAUUAACCUUCAUCCCAGUCUAACAGGACAAUGACCCUAAGUACACAGCCAAGACGAAGCAGGAGUGGUUUCGGGACAAGUCUCUGAACGUCCUUGAGUGGCCCGGACUUGAACCCAAUGAAAGAUCUCUGAAGAGACCUGAAAAUAGCUGUGCAGCAACACUCCCCAUACAACCUGACAGCUUGAGAGGAUCUGCAGAGAGUAAUGGGAGAAACUCCCCAAAUACAGGUGUGCCAAGCUUGUAGCAUCAUACCCAAGAGGACUCGAGGCUGUAAUCGCUGCUUUAAAGUACUAAGUAAAGGGUCUGGGCACUCCUGUAAAUGUGAUAUAUAAAAAUAAAUAUUUUGCAAAAAUAAAUAACCAGUUUUGCGUUGUCAUUAUGGGGUAUUGUGUGUAGAUUGAGGGGGGAAAUGAUUUAAUCCAUUUUAGAAUAAGGCUGUCACGUAGCAAAAUGUGGAAAAAGUCAAGGGGUCUGAAUACUUUCCGAAUGCACUGCAUGUGUAACUGUAUGAAGUGAAGGUCUUAAGUUACCUAUAAAACCAUUGCAAUAGAAAGUUGUAAGAGCUAUGGAAACAAUCUGAGUCUAUAGAUCCCUUGUGUGUAUUUUAGAUAGUUCAACCCAGAGUGAAGGGGUUUGAAAACAUGAGAUGUCUGGUUUUAUGUUUUAAUUCCGCUUACUUCAUAGAAGAACCUCCUUUUGAUAGAAGAUAUAAUACAUUAAAAUUUUACGAUAAAUAUCACAGAGUAUUACGAGGAGGGAUUGUGAAGGUAAAUGUUUGUGCUUUUCUAAUAACCAAUUUGGCUGGGUUCAUGCAAGUGACUGAUUGAUCGUGCUGGGAGGAAUGCUCACUAUCAGUAUAGGCAAAUUGGCAGUACGCCCGGAACAUUGUUUUGAGGAGGGAAAGGGAUAUCUGUUUCAAGGUCUAAGCUUGGAGAGAAGAAGCCUCAUGAGGUAUUGGUCGGUCACAUAUAUGAACCAAAAGUUAAUGAUAAAUAAUGUAAUUCAUGCAAAUUUAACUUGUCUGUGUAAGCAGUAUAUAAGAACUAACAGGACUGCCCUGAUGGAGCUCCUGACUGACGUGUACUAUGGUGCAUUGAGUUUGUUGGAACCUCUCCAGCUUGCUGUUAAUAAUGAUUCAUUUAAGAUUAACUGCAGGUGUCCCUGGUGGUAAUUUCCACGACAGCAGCAAUACUAAUAAUGAUUUACCUAGUGUCGUUCAUGAGCUGUCACUAUAAGGAUAUAUAUUGUGACUGUUAACUUAGUGAUCCCUUUGUGCGCCUAUCCCGUUAACGGGAUUGAUUUGACAACACCCAGUGAAAUAGCAGCGCACCAAAUUCAAAAACAGAAAUACUCAUAAUAAUAAUUAAUAAAUCAUGCAAGUGUUGUACAUGGGUUUAAAGAUGCACUUCUUGUUAAUCCAGCCACAGUGUCAGAUAUCAAAAAGGCUUUACGGCGAAAGCAAACCAUGCUAUUUUUUGAGGACAGCACCCCAGCAAACAUGCACAUGAAAAUCAUAAUUCAACCCGCCAGGCACAACACAAAAGUCAGAAAUAACAUAUAAUGCAUGCCUUACCUUUGAAGAUCUUCUGUUGGCACUCCAAUAUGUCCAUUAAACAUCACAAAUUGUCCUUUUGUUCGAUAAUUUCUGUCGUUAUAUAUCCAAAAUGUUAAUUUAUUUGGAGCGUAUGAUUCAGAAAAUACACCGGUUCCAACUUGCGCAACAUGACUACACAUUAUCUAAUUGGUUACCUGUAAACUUGAUCCAAACAUUUCACACAACUUUCCUAAUCCAACUUUAGGUAUUUUUAAACGUAAAUAAUCAAUCAAAUUUAAGACUGAAUAAACUGUGUUCAAUACCGGAGGAAAACAAAGUGGAGCGAGCUUUUAGGUCACAUACCUCAACCACAACAGUACACUUCACUCGACCCUCGUUCUGAACAGGGCUACUUCUUCAUUUCAAAACAUCAACCAAUUUCUAAAGACUGACAUCCAGUAGAAGCGAUAGGAACUGCAAGCAACUGCUUUAGAAUUCUAGAUUCCCCUUAAACCCAUUGAAAAGUGUGACUUCAAAAAAAAAUUGUCCUGGAUGGUUUGUCAUCGGGGUUUCGCCUGCCAAAUAAGUUCUGUUAUACUCAGACAUCAUUCAAACAGUUUUAGAAACUUCAGAGUGUUUUCUAUCCAGGUCUACUAAUAAUAUGCAUGUCCUAGCUUCAGGGCUUGAGUAGCAGGCAGUUUACUUUGGGCACACUUUUCAUCCGGACGUGAAAAUAGUGCCCCCUAGCCUUAAGAAGUUUUAAAGGGGCAAUCAGCAGUUGCUACAUCCAUUUUUGGACAUAUAAAUUCAUAUCUACCCAUUGAUUCUUGAAGAAUAUAACUUAUUUCAACUGUCUUACCCCAUCAGAAACCAAUAUAAGCUCGUUUUACUCCAAUGUUUGUAAACAAAGUAAAUGUAAACAAACACUAUAUAGCCUCAACAUGGUUGAAAAUAUAAUUUUGAUAUCAUAGAUGGUCAGUCCUUUUAUGAUGCCAAAAUGCAUCAUACUGGCUAUAUUUUGAAAGUUAUAUCUUAACAUUUAUUGCUGACUAGCAAAAUAUAUUGGUACUAUAUCAACAAUGGUCUACGCUAAUGAAACUAAUAGAAAAUAGUUUUUUGUGGAGUUUUCUUUCAAGAUACUUGGACGCUUCUGCUUAUUGUCACUUGCUCAGCUGUGUAGGCAUACUGUUGCAAGCUACGUUUAGGAGUUAGGUUAAAGUGUUAGGGGAGAGAUUAGCUAAAAGAGUUAAGGUUAAGGGGAAGGGUUAGCUAACAUGCUAAGUAGUUGCAACCUUUGGCUUUCUAGAUGUUCUUGUUAUACCCUGUCAUGACGUUGGCCUGUUGGGGAGGUUUAUGACCCCCAUAAAUACCUUUCCCCUUUUUUUCUCUCCCUACUCUACCGAUGUGACUAUUGAAAAUCCCUUUGUUAACUUAGUCUGGUAACAUCAAAAGGUGGGAAACUGAACCAUAUUUCGGUAAUCCAGCCAGUUGAAAAUAUGCGUUGGUACUUAAUUAAUAUGGUGUCAGAUCAGUUGGUGUCUGAGACAUUAUUACUGAUAGGACGACAAACUGUAUCUUGGAAAGUCGACACAUUCUAGUUCAGAUUCACAUGUUAUUGUUGUGCAAUUUAAAUGUUUAAAUGUCAUUUUAGCUUCUAAAGGAGAGAAUUGGUUGUCAUAGAGUAAACUCUGCUCACUCAGAACCCGCCCAAGUGAACAGACUUUGGUUGUAAACUAUGAAACACGCCCUUCUUUCACCACUGUAUAAACCCGUUGACAAAAAUUAAACUUCCUGUUCCAAGGACGUGAGGACUUGCGGUCCCCACGUUGAAAGGACAAAGACCACCUACAGAACUAAGCCAACCUCAGCAAGAACCUAACAAAAUUAGCAUUGAAUGUCAAUGUGAAGGUGACGAUAGACACGCCGAAAGGAUGAAUUGACUAUACCAGCCAGAAUAUAGCACGAGCUUAAAAGUAUGGCAACUUGGUAUGAACUUUGAACUCUUCACUCCAGAAGUGAUACCCUCUCCGCCCGCUAAACGUGGGCUAGGAGAGGACGGACAGAGUAUCCAUUCUACCACAAGACGACGGUACUACCAAGUAGCCAUUCUAUUCUUCAAGGACAACCCGGCCUUCCAUCUACGACCAAACGAUCGAAGUGCAGCUCAGAGUAAAUAUUUAUUGCAUUUUUCUUUUCCAAAUGGGCGGUUAUUUAGAAAUGCAUAAAAUACUGUAUUUACGAUAGCAUAGCUGCCUACGGCCCGAUAGACACAAAACCGUUUUUGUUCCUCAGUCUUCCUGCUCUUUCAUUCAAACCCAACCCCCUUUAUUUGUGUAACCAGCCGUCAUAUAUGUUCCGUCCGCUAGGGACGUUUUCCUUCAUGACAUAAUUUGUAAUCAAUGUAUGAUCCAUUCUGUGUAGUUGUAACUCUGUGUGAUUAUUUAGGUAUUUAGUAAAUAAAUACUUAAACCAAA